AUGGGUGCAGAGCGGGCAAGGCUCUUCUCCCAGAACCUGGGUGACCCGGGCACUGCGGAGGCGGCCCUGGCCGGGAUCUGUGUGGAGCUCCGCGGCGGGGAGGUGCAGCUGCUGAACGACUACGUGCAGCUGUCCCCCCAGUGCGCGGAGCUCUUUGGGCUCUGGGGCAGCCAGGACUCCGGGGAUGGAAGCCGCAUUGCCGCUCUGCUGGUGGAGACGUUGGCCAGCGUCCUGGAGGGGCGCUUUGAAGAAGGCCAUGGAAGUUGA